CUGACGCACGCCAGCACCGCCCCCAAGGCAUCGCCCUUUUAAGAGUCCCUCUUGCUCUGCUCCCCUAACUGGUCGUCCGAAGAAGAAGCCGGUAGAGCUGGCGGGACUUAGACUCGCUCUUUCAAAAACCCACGGUUCCCGACCCGACCCGCCGGAUCGACAACUGGGCCCUUUUAAGAAGCAAGCCCCCAGUGACCUCCCCCCCCACCCCUUCUCCCCCGAUCCCGGAGGAGUGAGGCCCGGAAAGAAGCGCGAGUGGAGCCGUGCGCGGGCGCCGAAGACAGACUGACGGACCGACAGACGGACAGUCAGCCGGAGCGGCAGCAGCGGCGGCGGCGGCGGCGGCACGCGAAGAGCAGGACACUGUCUGGCGGCCAAGCGGGCUGGCUGCGGGAGGCGGCGGCAGCGGAUGGGGACCUUGAGCUGGCCGGUGGCUACGGAGGUGGCGGCGGCGGCAGGGGCAGGGGCUGGCAAGCUGACGGGACAGCGGCUGCGGCGGCGGCGCUGGCGGCGGUGACAGACCCAGGCCCCGGCAGCAGCGACGAGGUGGCGGGGGCUGGCUGCAGCGGCCAGAGCGAGCAACCCGCGGGGUCGUGAGGGCGCCAGGCCGCCCCCUAGUCCAGCCCAGCCCCACGCCUCCUAGUCUCCCCCCAGCCCUCCGGGGCCCCCAGCAGCCGGGGCCGUGGAGCACCGGGGCAAAGGCCGGGGUCCCCCCAUGAAGGAGCGCGACUCGGCCCCGGCCGAGCGGGGCAAGCCGGCCACCUACACCGGGGACAAGAAGGCGAAGAUGGCGGCCAAGACCAACAAGAAGUGGGUCCGGCUCGCCACCGUGUUCGCCUACGUGCUGUCCGUGUCCCUGGCCGCCAUCGUGCUCGCCGUCUACUAUAGCCUCAUCUGGCAGCCGGUGGGGGCCGGCACCUCGGGGGGCUCGGGCGGCCCGCCUCCUGUCCCCUCCAACGCCACGGCCACGCCGCCUGCCGGGACUUCGGGGAGACCGGCUGGGGGCCCCAACACCACGGCCUCGCCGAGGACCGAGGCUCCGGGAGACGCUCCCCCGCUGCAAAGCCCCGGGUCCUCGGUCGGGCUGCUAAACCCGCCCGGAGAGCAGCGGCGGCAGCAGGAGCCAGAGGACGAAGCGCCGGCGGCUGCACCCAGGAGUCGCUGAAGCCGCUCUGGAUGGGGGUGGGGAGGGAGGGAGGCUGGGAAUCCGUCCCUGGCCUUCUCCAACCCCAGAGGGGAGGACUUUGCAGCCGCCGGUGCCCGGCAGGGAGAGUCGGUGGGGUGGGGGUGGGGGACGUGGACCCCCGCCGCGACAGCUAGCAACCCCGGGUCCCAAUGGGCCGGCCGCCCCCGGGCCCGAUCUGCAGCUGAGAGAGGGACCGUGAUUCGCCGCUGACUUUCGGUUCAGUCCUCCGAGGACCGUGAUGCACCAGGGCCCGAACCGGGAGGAUGGAUGGGGUGGGGGGUGGGGAGAUUCCCAGCUCCGAACCUCUUUGGCUCUCUUGGGUAUCCUUAAGCGGGAGGGGGUGGCAGGGGCUUUUCCUAUCCCCCACCCUGCCCCAGACUCAGGGGUCGGAGGGAGCUGUAGGGGCUAGUUUUAAUAAGCUGAAGCUCUCACGAAAGUGGGGAAUACAAGUAGUGGAGCUCAGGUGUCAACCUAGUUGCAAUGGCCACAGAUGCAUUUAAUUUAUAGAACCGUGUAUAUAGUUGUUGACAUAUGCACUUAGAAGCUAUAAUUACAUAGAACUAUAUAUAUCUACCCACAGCCUGGAUAGCUACCGACUGGUGUGUCAAGCAAGGGCUAGUGCCCCGAAAAUGCUGGCCCCCAAGUGCAGCUACUCAGGAGGGCACGGUACCUUUAGUUAUGAAUUGGUUUGUUCAUCACCCCCUUCCAACAUCCUCCUCCAGCUACACGAAAGCCAAUUGAUUUGUGACAUCCUCAAACCAACAACGUUUGUUUUGGGGUUAGUUUUUAGACUUGUUGACAUGACAGUGAAAAAAAUUUGAGGAGGAAGGGAAGCAGUUUUUUGGGAGAGUGGGAAAUGCAAUGACACCCCUACCCUCCCAAGAGGCUUCCUGUUGCAGUUCCAAUUAUCUGGACUGGAGCCAGGACAGAAGGAAGGAAAAGAGCAAGGCCUCUGUAUGCUUUAUUCUUAACCUUCCCAUCACAGGGGUAGGCUGGGGGAAGUCGAGCAAAUAGAGUGGCUGGCAAGAAUUUUUCUGUCUUUUUGCUGCCCUUCAAGGUCUUGGCAUUACUCCAGUAAUCACACUCUUAUCAUGCUUAUACUUUCCUCCCUCUUGAUCCUGUAGUGAAAGCCUAACCCUCUCCUUGGUACUAAAUCUGUUCUGGUGAAAUAAGAGCCUUGUCACCAGUUUUCUGGUUUAGGAGCUGUACCACAGAAUCACAAGAGUUGCGGAGGUGGGCUUCAAACUUGUAAUUGUGUUUAGGCACAAAUAACUUUUGAUAGCCAGCAAACAGAAAAAUCAUGUGAAAGGUAAAUUGAUGUGGCUUUCUCUUCCCUGAUAAAGUUUCUAUUAUGCAGCAUAUAUUUUUUAUUGUGGGGUUGAGAAACAAAAGAAAAUAGCAUGGCUUUGAAGAAGCAGGAGUCAUUUUUUCUAUUUGGAUUCCAUUUCCCUCCUCCAUUAGCUAUAACCAAGCACUUUCAGUGCAGUGACAAGAGAGCAAACCUCUUAGUAUUUCCUUUUUGGGAAAAUAUGGCACUUUAAGAAAAAAAAUAAGCAAAAAAACUUUUCCACCUGUGUGUCCUGAAGUGGUUCAUCUCUGCUGUUUUCUGGCCUAGUAUUUAGCCAGCUGCAAUUCAAAUUUACCAGAUAGCAGCUAUGCUUUAAAGCCAUUAUCCUGUGUAGGCCAAGAUAAUAGCAUCAGAGCUGUCAUAGCCUAAGGACAGGCCAGUAGCACCCUGAGGAGUACUGGCUAGAGGAGGACCUCUUAGCUACUGGAAGUCUAUGGGGCCUUUUUUUUUUUCCAGUAGAGAGAAUGGUGGGGAAAUAACAUAAAAGAAUCACCUUUAUUACUUCAAUAAUAGCCUGCAAUUUAUAUUUACUGUGUGAAUUUUUAGUCCUAUAUUUUAAUAAUUUGUAAGUUUAUCUGUUGUCUCAAGAUCUUUUUGAAAAGAGACCAUCUAGAACUCCCCAGCAUUCCGGGACUGUCUUAAUCCACCUUGGGAUCAAAGAAUCUAGCAAGACCAUUCUAAUGUCCAACUGCUGCCCCACUAACUCUCUAAAGCCUUCACUGGAAAUGGGACAUUUGCUCCAACUCUAGGUGUGAACAUGCUCAGAGACCUUAUUUAUAAUUCAGCCAUUUAAGAUAUACCUGUACUCAAAAGUCCUGUAUAUUUUUUAAAAGUUUUAUUUUUCAGGUGAACAAAAAUACAUUCUAAGAACUCUGCCUAAACAUGCGUGAGAAUGUUAUUACAUUUAUUUUUCUUUUCAGAUAACUUGGAAAGAAAAAAAGGCAGGGACCAGGAAAAGGCUAUCUUCAGAUGAAGCCAGAGCAGUUUUGAAAGGAUUGGGGGGGUGCGGAAAGAGGGGGGUAAUCUGAGGGCUCUGACUAGAUUGAUUAAUAAAGAGAUCAUUUCACUUUAGACCUGAUGCAGUCUUAAAAUCUUGGGAAUUCGGUGUGGAUCCCCAAGAUGCAAAAGUAACAGCCAAGGUGCCCAAGCUUCACUUGCAGCUACAAUUUCAGUGAUGAGCUUGGGAGGCCAGCUUGAGGUUCAAAUGGUGAGGACUUAGAAACCCACUGACAGGCAGGGCAGUUGUGGCCCUGGCCAGGGGUAGGGGUAAGGUGCCACUUGCUGGCUUUAUCUUUAAGGGGGAGGGAAGGGAGGGAGAGAGUGCCAACUUCAGAAACCUUAAAAGGCAGUUUUGGAAAGGCUGGGUAAGAAGGUACAAACAUAAGGGAUUAGGCACGAAGCAAAGUAUAGAAGAAGCAAUUCAAAUCAACCCAUUGUGGGCGAAAUGCUGCCCAGUACAAAAGUAGAACUAAGAGCCAAUGUCAGAGGGGCCCCCUGAGGCUUGUGCUUCACAAGAGCUGCUGGGGGGCAGCCUCUGGGCUUUGCCAUCACCUUGUAGUCUGCAGGGAGGCUUGGAAAAGGUCCGCCCUGCUUUUAUUCUCCUCUUCAACCCACACAAUAACAUUUUGUUAGAGGGCUGAGUAAGGCAGAGCAAAGGAGGAGGCAAGGAGUUACAUAGUUCUUUCAGCCAGCCCCUUCUCUCUCUCGAGAUGGUUACAUGUUGCUUCUACAGCUGUACACAGCUUCACACAUUGUGGCACAUGACAGCAGCCUGUACUGUGCGAUAUGCAGGUCCCUGCUGUCUAAUUAGAAGGGAAUUGUUCCACCAAGACAGGGCCCAAUUGGCUGGGGAGUACUGAAUGCAAAGAGCUUAUUUUCAGGGGUUGGAAUCCUAGUUGCACAAAUGCCCAUUAACUCUCAAGUCAGCGGGGAGAGGUUUAAGCCAAGGAAUUGGCUUUCUUUUUGAGUCUGUUUUGUACCUGAAGUACUAGGGCCAUUUGUGUGUGUGUGUGUGUGUGUGUGUGUGUGUGUGUGUGUGUGUGUUCGAAGUUAUGCUUUUAUUCUCAGGUAUCCAGGAAAAAACAUUAAGUGAAAUUUGGUUUAGAGAUUUCCCUGAGCUGCUUAGGCUCUGAGUUUCUGCUUUGGACAUUUUUCUCCAUUGAUAUUGAGGUAGAGAAAAGUAUUUCUCCGUAAGGUUUACAGAGCUA